AUGACUAGCUGGACCAGAGCCAUCCAUCCCUAUCCGACACCUCCACGAUCUCCCCCGAAUGGCUUGUUGGAAGCCGCAGGCGAGUCUCCGAUAACCGUCAUCGCUUCGUCUCGAGCGGUCCGGUCUGGAAGACUUUCCGCGGCCACAAUCGUCAUAUCCAAUGCCACAGGCAAAAUCACUGCGACCUUUGAUUCGAUCGUCCCUGCGUCCGAUUUCCCUCCCAAUACUCCAUAUACAGACUACUCACCGCAUAUACUCCUGCCAGGCUUGGUGGACGCCCAUGUCCACCUCAACGAGCCAGGCCGAACAGAAUGGGAGGGAUUCUACACGGGGACGCAGGCCGCCGCGUUUGGCGGAGUUACGACAGUGGUGGACAUGCCAUUGAACGCUGUACCGCCCACGACCACAGUGGCAGGGCUGCAGGAAAAGAUCAAAGCAGCACAAGGCCAAUGCUGGGUUGACGUUGGCUUCUACGGAGGCAUCGUCCCUGGCAAUGAGCGAGAACUGAAGGCUCUAGUCAGAGAAGGAGUAAGGGGGUUCAAGGGAUUCCUCAUCGACAGCGGCGUCGAGGAGUUUCCUGCAGUCUCAUCCACCGACAUUCAAAAGGUCUUCGCUGAAUUAGCAGAUGAGCCUACGACUGUCAUGUUCCAUGCAGAGAUGAUACCGCCCAUUGCAGACUCUGUCGGAGACGACGUCCAGAUCUCACUUCCUCCUUUGCAGCCCCACGGGCCGCUGAAUGCUUACAACACCUUCCUUGAGUCGAGACCGCCCUCCUUUGAGACCUACGCCAUCGAAGAGAUUCUCUCCUUGGCCCACCUUGCGCCGAACUUACCACUGCAUAUUGUCCACUUGUCAGCGAUGGAAGGAAUUCCGCUGUUGAGGAAGGCACGUGCGCAAGGUAUCAAUAUCACAGCCGAAACAUGUCCGCAUUAUUUGUCCCUGGCAGCCGAACAGGUUGUAUUGGGUGACACUCGACACAAAUGCUGCCCACCGAUUCGGACUCAGUCGAAUCAAGAUAAUCUCUGGGAAGAGUUGAAGCAGCAUGCGCUUGAAGGCGUGAUCAAGACGGUGGUCUCGGAUCAUUCUCCUUGUACACCUGAUCUCAAGAUCCUCCCUUCCCACAUCCCGGGCCAUAUCUCUCAACCAAAAGAUAGCGUCAGGUCAUUACAAUUAGAGACCGACCGAGGCGACUUUUUCUCCGCAUGGGGAGGGAUUUCAUCUGUGGGGUUAGGGCUACCCAUCCUGUGGACAGAAAUGUCUCGCCGCGGCUUGAUUGGGCCGGACAGCGCCAUCACCGACGUGGUGACUUGGUGCUGCACCAAUACUGCUUCACAAGUCGGUCUGGAAAAGCAGAAAGGUGAUCUUGCCGCCGGAUUUGAUGCCGACAUCUGUAUAUUUGACGAUACAAAGGAGUGGAUUGUUGAGCCUAGCACGAUGCUGUUCCGGAACAAAUGCUCCCCGUAUCAAGGGAAAACCAUGAUCGGGCAGGUCAAAGAGACGUGGUUAAGGGGGAGACGGGUGUUCGUGAGGGAUGGGUCUAACAACGGGUUUGUCGGCAAGGAAUGCGAGGGGAAGUUGUUGCUGGAGCCAAGGAUGAAAGAGUUGAAGAAGGUGAAGAGUUGGUUCCGCAGGUGGAUUUAUGAUUUCGACGGAUGA